GUCCAACUGCCCCAGCCCGCCACCACACCACUGGUAACUGUCUUCCAAUUUACCUCUCAAACAAGAAACGAAAUAUCAAUUUAACCUGACGUCAUUUUUUUUCUCGCGUCUCUCCAGCAAGGAAUUACACAAGAACCUGAUAAAGUAUUCAAAAAUUUCCUUAAAAGUGAACACAGACAAUUCCUUGAAAAAUACAUAAACAAUAAUGAUGCAUUCCACACUAUGUGCGAUGUAUACUUCAAGUGUAAAUACAGACUUAAUGUUUUACGCACGUGCAGAAGAGGAUUUUUGGUUGCUUUGGUGGAUGAACCCUUUGCUCUUGAGGCUGCAUUUAACUUUUUUAAUGAUUAUGGUAGUCUACCGAAGGAAAUUCUUAGUACAAUGUCUAAAGUUAAUAACGCAAGUUCAUGUGGUUUCUUAUGGGAAACAUACUUAACAACGGAAUUUGAAAAAAAAUUCGAUGGCUCUACUAAUAUUAGAAACAUGCCAAUGUUUGUUGGUAUCAAUGAUUUUCCUGAUACAUUCGUGGGAUCGCCAAAGAUUGUUAGAUCACCUGUAAAACGAGUGGCAAAUUCAACCACAGGUUACAAACUUGAUAAGUUCUUUAGUGAAAAACCAGAGUUGCAUCCAACAUUCUAUUUCCUGGAUUUCUUUUGUGGUCCUGAUUUGAUUUUCUUUGUUCAGUUUGAGAAUCAAAUUGUGGUUCCUGUAUUCGCUCAACUCAAACUGCAUUAUUCAGUUAAGAUAAGUAAAAAUGUGCUAAAUGGACUUCAUCCAACAAUGUUUUAUAAAAGAAAGGAUGGAAAGAUUACUAAUGAGAAAUCGAACAGAUCCACCAUUCAAAAAGUAAUAGAACUAUGUUAAAAAGUUGGUUCUAUUGGGGUAUUGGUUGCAUACCCAGCAGAUGUGUUCAAUCAAAUCCCUAUUAUUACAAAUGAUACACAUAAUUUAAGAACAA